UCAAAUGUGACAUAGACAUCAAUUCGUAUCAAGUUUGUCUAAAAUUAGGCUUUCUUUUCUGUUUACUUUCUCAGUUAUGGGGUAAAAACUUUUGAGAUUAAUUUUAUUGUUAAGUUUUCGGUUAAUUUUUACUUUUUUCUGUUUAUCUUCUCUCGUAAUAGUUUCGAUUUCUUUAUUUUCAAUUGAAACAUGUUUAAAUAACGAAGAGCGUAAAUUAACAUAACCUGAUAUUGUGAUAUUAAUAUCUAAAAUUAAUAACGAUAGUUAAGCCGUCCUAAUGUUGCUGAAAUUUUUUAUGAACAAAUUGUGGAAUAAUUUAUAAAAACGACAAUACUCUACCAACAUAGCCAAAAUGUCGACUAAUGCAUCGAUUUCAGGAAUAAAGAGUGAAAUGGAUUCUGAGGAUAACUUGAGAAGACAAGGUUCUUUUAGAAAACUAGUCCCAAUUAAUUCAAAUGGUGACUCUCAACUUGGCUCUGCUGUCAAAAUAAUUGAUCGAACCAAUUCAUCACAAAGUAGCAAGGAAUAUGCUGUUUAUCUUCAAGAAUAUAAUAUUCUUGCUGAGUAUAAUAUGCUGCGCAACCAAGAUUUAAGAGGAAUCUAUGUCAUACCAUCAGCACAGAAUUCUUUUUUAUGGUUUGGAGUGCAAUUCAUUCGUCAAGGAUUAUACCAGGGUGGUGUUUUUAGGUUUACAAUUACACUACCUUCAAAUUUUCCAGAUGGAAAAUGUCCAAAUGUGUUUUUCCAAACAAAAGUAUUCCAUCCAUUGAUAAAUUAUGCAACAGGAGAACUUAAUACUGCUUGGGGUUUUCACGAUUGGAAGCGUAGCAAUAGGAUCUGGCAACUGGUGCAAUAUAUAACAAUAAUUUUUAUGAAAUUGGACACGAAGAUGGUUCCGUUUAAUGAAGAAGCCUCAUCAUUAUUUGAAAAUAAUGUAGAAGGUUUCAAGGAGAGAGUUAAAAAGUGUGUAAAAGAUAGUUUAAGUGUAGUUUAUGACCCACCAGUAACAGAUGAUCCUCAUUACAUUUCAUUUAGUCCUUACGACAGAGAACUACACGAUCCAGUUAAGAGAGAAAUUUUCAAAACAAAGGAAGAGAAUGAGCAUAAAGCAACAGGUUAUUCAUGGGUCCAACCUGGAUCGUUGCAACCAUUCUCCAAACCAGAAGCAAGAUAACAAAUAGUUCUAAAAAAAAAAAUCUCACUUUAUUGCUUAUUUUUACAACACUUGGAUUAGAAAAAAGAUAAAAAUUAUUCAUGACUAAUAUUUUUGUAUCA